CAAUAAUGAAUGUCAAAUCAUAGAUAGACUAUUAGUUGAAGGUAAACAAUGGCCACAAAUUAUACAAAAUAUGCUCAACUAAUUAAUACGUCGACAACGUACGCGCGACGAAUGAAGCGCCUGUCCAAUAGGAUCUUUGGCGAAGUUGCCCUACCUACCAACUCCAAGUCCAUGAAGGUUGUCAAAAUCUUCUCUGCUCGACCUCUGCACACAAAUGAGGAAAUUAUACACUAUUAUCCUAGACACAUGGAGACGCAUAAACUGAUGAUGAAUUUAAGAGAUUAUGGUCUAUUCCGUGAUGAGCAUCAAGACUUCAAGGAGGAGAUGAAGAGAUUGCGAGAACUCCGAGGUAAAGUCAAGGUUUGGAGGCGGUUGCUUGAUAAGAAGGCGGAAGCAAAAGAAUAAGUGGCGUAGUAUGUUUAGUAUAAUUAAUAUGUAAAAUAAAAAUCACUAUUUAGUAACAGUUUAAUAACAACUCAUUACCUACACCUUAUGUUAAUAAAAUACGUUAUUAUUGUUACCUUGCCUUACCUUAUAUUUAAUGCACACCAUAUUAAAUGUAGAGGCGUAUUUUCAAAUUUAAUCUCAAGAACGUUAUUCAUAUCUUAACUAUAAAGUGGGAUGCUUGAAAGUAAGGCAGU